GUGAUUUGGCUGUGGUAGGAUAUCAAGUUGACCUGAGUGUUGUUAGGUCACAGAUGACAACAAAGGCUCACUCACAAAGGCUGACGUGUCCUUAUACAAGAUGUACAGGUAAUACAACGUGAUUCUGACUCAGGGAACAUUUUUCUUUCACACAGACUUCGAAAAUAACGUUAUCAAAACCCCAUCUAGAGAAGAGAGGGAUCUUGGAAUCAUAAAUUGACUUGAUUUCUUGUGCCAACCAAAUUCUCAGUAUUAAACUGAGUAAGUUGUAACGUUAAAUAAAUAAACUAUAACGUUACCGGACGUUCAUGAUCAAGAGAGUAUCGUCCAAACUAACCGCGGACACAUAGUAUACUGAUCCUUAUGGGAAAGAGGCAAGCGUACAUUUCUCACUCACUCCGGGACAGCCUGAUGUUUUCUGACAUGGAGCCAGGUGACGUCGUUCUUCUUGCCAUAUUUGUGGUCGUCCUGGUCAUAGUCUAUACAAUAAGCAAGAAGAGUCAGAGGGGCACUGAUCGAGAACAUACGAGGGAAGCGUGGGCAGCUAGGGAUGCGGCCGCGGGUGGAUCGGGGGACACACCUCCGUCCUACGGCAGUCUGUACCCUGACCUGUCACAGUCUGGGUCCCCGUCACCAGCACGACACAGGUUCACACAGAUCGACAACAGGUUCCACACUCUACAGGACGUCAGCCGUGCCAUACGGGAGGCCGGCUCAAGUAACCUCAUAUUUGGUAUUGACUACACAAAGAGCAAUAUGUAUCAAGGUCAGAUGAGCUUUGGUGGGCGGAGCCUCCAUCACAUCGAUCCUGGUCUGCUCAAUCCAUACCAACAGGUCAUUGCCAUUCUGGGUGAAACUCUUUCCCACUUUGAUGACGAUGGUCUCAUCCCUGCGUUUGGAUUUGGCGAUGCCUCACACUGAUGUGUUACAGUGUUAUAACCUGAUCACGCCCAGAGUCAAGCUCAGUUUGCCCACAAACUUCGCUCCACUGAUACAUCAGGCAAUAGACAUAGUCAAGCAAACUAAAGCGUAUCACAUCCUGGUGAUUGUUGCAGAUGGCCAGGUCACCAGCGAGCGUGCCACCCGUAAUGCCAUCGUCGAGGCAUCCAAGUACGCCCUGUCCAUAAUCCUGGUGGGGGUGGGGGAUGGACCGUGGGACACCAUGCAGGACUUUGAUGACAACCUUCCCAGCAGGCUGUUUGAUAACUUCCAGUUCGUUGAUUUUCACCAAGUCCGUGCGACCGCUCAGAACCCUGACACGGCGUUCGCUGUCCAGGCACUGAUGGAGAUCCCUGAUCAGUUCAAGGCAAUCAGGCAGCUGGGAUAUCUGGACAGCUAGAGAUGGGCCUUAGCUCAGCACUGCUGCUGACAAACAUGCAUCUACUUCAUCUACUACAAACAUUCAUCAAUGCAUGUCAAAAAUAUAAUGUCCUGCUUUUGUCUUAACCUUGUAACAAAUUGAAAAAAUUAUGGUAUUUGGUUUUUUACUAUUCAGAUUGAAAAUGUUUUUAUUUAAAUUUGGAAAUACUAUGACAAUUUUGUAAAAUAGAGAAUAUUUGAAUGAUUUUGUACACAUUUGUAAAAGAAAGGAGACAGAUCUGAAGUUAUGAACAAAUUUUGAUCAAUAGAACAGAACUGGCCUUGAUGUUAUAAUGUACAUGGCUUUGCCCAACUGAUAAGCAGAGAUAUGUUGUAGCAAUGACAAAUGCUGCUGGCUGUACAUCUCCUACAAUGCAGAGAAGCUGAUAUAUUAGCAACAGGGAUCUAGCUACAAAAUUUGACAUGUCUUAAGUUCACACAUUAACGUGUAAUAAUGACAUGAACGUUAAAACAUUGAGCAUGAGAAAAAGCAACUUAAAUCAUUAACUAACGGGUAUCUCACUGGGCUUGCCCCCUAGGCAGAUGACAUUCACCACUACUUGCAAACAGGUGCCAAUUAGUUGGCAAGUGGUGCCAGCGAAUACCAACUUAUCGACUGAAAUUGCCAUUUAUUUUAAAGUUAGAAAGUUUAAGUGGCAAAAUGCUGCAAAUGGAUGUGAACUAAACCCCAAAAUGUAAGCCAUUAGAUUCUAAUGAGCUCGAAGAAGAUGCAAACUGGAUGCCAACAGUUUGCAUCUUGACCUUUCGAAUAAAGUUUGCCCGACCGCAUCUUGAACC